AUGAAAAUUAGUACAUGGAAUGAUAGAACUAACGAGCUUCUGCAUGUUAUUGCGGACCCUUUUCUACAAGAUCAUAGCAAAACAUGCUUGGAUGAAGAAAUUCAACCAGAGUUUUUCUUGAACGAAUCAGACAACAAGGUUGAUGCAUUUCUUAAAAGCACCAUCAUCAAGUCUAUGGACUCGUGUAUUUUCCUUCCCCCAGCAAUCAGAGAGCGUCAAAAACGGAAACCUGAAGAAGAUUUACAGAAUGAGUUAAAAGCAAAGCUUCGCCGUAGUGUGGCAUCAUUGCAUGAUACGAAAAGGGAGCCAAUAGUGCCAUCAUUGAAAACACAAGAUCAAAUAGAAGAGGAGCAAAUGCAACAAUUUUUAUCAUCAGAAAUGAGCCAAUUGGAAAUAUUAUCUAUGCCUGAGCAUUAUCCAGUGAAGACACAGUCUGUGUGUUCCUUGACUGAGCUAUACUAUUUGACUCAAACAUUAGCGUCGAGUAAACUACUACCAGGAAGUCACAAAGCCUUGACGACUGGCAACUACGAAUUGGCACUUUUGGAAGGAAAGGUGGCCGUUUUAUACUCUCGUAUUGAGGAAUUGAAGAGACAAGGUAAGUGGUCCUCAAGGCAACCAAAAAGAUAUCAUGAUCCGUUCACUUAUAAAAGCAGGCUAAAUAAAUCUAAACACGCCUGGGAUUACUUAUUAGAAGAAGCAAGUUGGAUGGCAGAGGACUUUCGUGAGGGAAACAAAUUUAAAAAAUACUGUUGUGUGAUUAUUGCCGAUGCAGUAAAUGCUUAUUGGAAGCUUGGGAAGGAAGCAACUUGUGUAAAGAGGAAAGCGGUUCCACUUGUAUCGGAAAACAUCGAGGUAAUAGUUAAAGAUGAUGCAAAUGCAUCAACCAAUGCUUCUGUAAAUGUUUCAGCGAUUGAGGCAACUAACCAUACUGUUGAUCCAAGGUCGCUUUUGGAAAGCAAGGUUGACGAGUCCGAAGAAUAUGCAGCAAAAACAGCAUCAGAUGUGUUUUCAUCGGUUUUUGCAAAAAACAACUCAUCAGUGUUUGUCAGUCUCGAGGAGAUGAACAAACAUACAAAGUCAAUCAUCAAAACUAUACCCAAUCAUGUGGCCCUCGAAAUUAACAACAAAAGCAACAAAUCUAAAUCGAUCGAGCCUUAUGAACCACCCUUAACAGCGGUAUCAAAGCUAUUUUUACCAUUUGAGAAAGAUCAAGGUUGGCACAAGAUUGUAUUAAGGACAAGUUCCAAUGAACGAAUGAAAACAAGCAAAACACCAGAGUACCAAAAGGGCGUGUUUGGCUCGCAAGCACAUCGUAAAUUCCAUUAUCUUAAACCUCCAAAGCCACCAUUGUUGGCCAACAUAGAGCUUAGAUCUCCUACAAUCUGGCUGCCAGAAGAUGACAAGAGGCUUAUACACUAUGUUGCAGAAUUUUGUUUCAAUUGGGAUCUUAUCGCUGAGCAUGUCCAAGUGGGCUCCUUCGCGCCUAGUUUGAGUAAGUAUGAGUCCAAUAUUGAGAGAAGAACUCCAUGGCAAUGCUUUGAGAGGUAUAUUCAACUAAACCAAAAGUUUCAAUUCUCGGAUAUGAAAGGCAGCUACGCAUUUCAUGCUCAGCAAUGGCUCGAACAGGCUCACAAAACUCAGCUGACAACCAAAAGAAGAGUUUCUCCGCUUGGUGUAGGAUCUGACUCGAUGCAAAGAGGACAUCGGAAAUUGAGGUGGGCUUCAAUGUUUGAUGCCAUGCGCAAGGCAAUGAAGAAGAGAGAAAUCGCACUUGCCAAGAUGAAUCACCGCCGGGGCACCACGGAUAUGCAGCAAAACGUUCAACCAGGUGCAGUCGUCAAUGGCGAUAAGCGUGCCAACACUAGCAAAACUCCAACGCCUGCAGAGUUGUCGAAUUUGAAGUAUGAGCGAGACAAGUCAAUCCAGCAGAGCUCGCGAACCCGUCUUAUGGCAGCUGUGGCCCAACAACAACAACAACAACAACAACAACAUCAGCAGCAGCAGCAGCAGCAGCAGCAGCAGCAACAGCAGCAACAGCAACAACAACAUCAGCCAAACCAGCAGCAUCCGCAGCAGCGGCAGAAUCAACAACAACAACAUCCUCAUCAUUCACAGCAGCAACCACAACCACAACAGCAACACCAUCCAUUGCCGCCUCAGCAAAUACCUCAACAGCAGCAACUACCUCAACAACAGCACCUCCAACAGCAACUCCCACAGCAUGCUCAACUUACACCUCAACAGCAUCAUCCUCAAGCUCCUCCGAUGCAACAACCCCGCAUGGUACCUCCAGCCCGACAAAUGGAUCAGAGACCUCAGCCCAAUCAUCACCAACUCCAGCAGUUGCAACAAAUCCAGCAAAUGCAGAUUCAGCAACAACAACAGCUUCAGCAGUUGCAACAGCAGCAACGACAACAGCAUUCCCAACAACAAUACACACCACAUCUGCAGCUGCAGCUGCAGCUGCAACUGCCGGUAUUACAGCAACAACAAAUUAUGCUGCAACGCCCACAUCUGCAACCGCAACAAGCUCAUGCGCAACAACAGGUGCAGAAUCGAUUUCAGAACCAACCACAAUAUGUGCAGGCUAACUCUCCUGACUUCCUGUCAAAUGCUCCAACCCCUCGCCCUGAGCAAAUUUUACAAAGGGCUCAACGUGCUGCUUUGAAUGGGCUAUCCUCCCAAACGCAAGCCACAGUUAGGGAUGUCCAAUAUCCUCAAAACCAAAUAAAGUUUCCCACGACUAAAGAUGGGAAACAAUUAACUAACGAGCAGAUACAUCAAUUGUUGCAGAUGGAAAAACAAAGAAGACUCUUGCAGCAGCAGCAACAACAACAACAACAACAACAGCUACAGCAGCCACAGCAGCAACAACAACAACCACAGCCACAACCACAACCACAACUACAGAAUGUGGACAUUCAACCUUCCCCAAACAUGGGGAUUGCUUCCCAUCCGCAAGCUCCGAUAUCUCCUCAAGUUCAGCAGCAACAUCACCAAGCAAACAUCAACAAUGCGACAUUGCCUAUUGGAUCGCCAAAUUUACAGUAUCUGCCAAACAAAACAGAUAAUCAGAAUCCUGGCGUCUAUUAUCAAAGACUGGCGCAACAACCCGUGCCUCAAGUACAAAAUGUGCUGCCCAAUCCUCAACAAAAACCGAUACCACAACAAGCACGCCAACAACGACCAAGAAUUCAGUUUCCACCGGCGCAAAUAUCGGCAAUCAUUAACUCAAUACAAACCCAGAACCCCAAUUAUACCAAAGAGCAGGUGACAAAGUUGGCAGCUCAGUACUUGAAUAGUCUUCAUCAGCAGGCUCAAAACAGAGCAAACAAGAAUGCGCAAGCACAUGUACAAAGUGGUGUUCCUCUACAGCAGGGUCAGCAAUUUCGUGAUGCCAACACUGGAGGGAACACCAGCACGAGCGCAACUGCAAGUCCUCAACUGAGUCAUAUACAUCCACAAAGUCAAGGUCAAUAA